AUGGCAUUUAGCCCGACAAAAGCAAUCGUCAACAACGAAGGCUGUGACCUCCACUACUGGUACCAAGGCCAAGGCCCCCUCAUAGUCUUCGUCCCCGGCGGCAACGGCCACGGUCGGCAAUACAACCCCCUCAUCACCGCCCUCUCGAGCGCGUACACCUGCGCCACCUUCGACCGGCGCCAAAUGUCCGCCAGCCGCGUCGCGGCCCCCAAGAAGCUCAGCCCGCCCCAGCAGGCCCGCGACAUCCGCGCCGUCAUCCGCGCCCUCGGCUUCGACAAGGCCAUCGUCUUCGGCAGCAGCUCCGGCGGCCUCUUCUCGCUGCAGUUCGCGCACGACUUCCCCGAGAUGGUCGACCACAUCGUCGCGCACGAGUCGCCCGCGACCAACCUGCUGCCCGACGCCGCGGCCAUCUACGACAACAUGUACCACCUAAGGGAGGUAUACGAGGCGCAGGGGAUGGAGGCCGCGGCGGCGGAGUUCGAGCCGCAGUUGCUGGGGUACGACGACGAGGGCGUGCCCAGGCCGAUGGAGCCGGAGCCGUGGAACGCGCAGAAUUUCUGGGCGAAUGAGUUUGGGCCGUUGAUGGGGUACACGCCGAACUUCAAUCGCAUUAGGGAGAACGGAACGAGUGUUGGGCUGAUGAGGGGCGUGAGGAGCCGUGAUGCGUGGUACGCGAGGUCGGUGGAUGAGCAAGCUAAGAUUCUGGAGUGUCCGCGCUUCGAUGUCCCUGGUGCCCAUGAGGGCUUCCAGGUCGAGUGUGAAGAGUUCUUGCCGCACUUCCACAAGAUGUUGGAGACUCUGGAGAAGAGACAGAAAGAGCGGUCGUAG